UCCUGCGCCCGCCGCGCCGCGCCGCUGCUCCGCGCCGCCAGGACCGGCCAUGCCGCGGCCCCUCGCCCGCCGCCUCCUCCUCCUCUGCCUCCUCCUCCUGCCGCGCGUCGGCCGGGCCGCCGAAUCCGCUCCCACGGCCGUCCCGAGGCGAGACUCCGAGGUGUCCCGAGGCACCGAGGCGUCGCCGGCUGCCGCGGGUAACGAGACGCGGACGGAACCGUCGGCAUCGUGGCAUCUGCUGGGCUCGGGGCUGCCGGUGCUGAAGCGGGCGGUGUAUGUGCUGAGCGCCCUCUCCUUGCUGGCUGCGCUCUAUUUCCUCCUGCGAGCCUUUCGCCCUAGGUCGGAGGGAUCCAGAAACGAGCGCAAAACUCAUUUCAGGUUGAAGAAGCCUCAGCGGAAGAAGUACGGGCUGCUGGCGAGCUACGAUGAGAGCAUGGAGAUGGCCUCGCUGGACAGCGACGAGGACACGGUGUUUGAGAGCAGGAACCUGAGGCGAUGAUUUGGGACCAGUGGCACUAACUGCACAGACUGACCAAGGGGGUGCAAGUCCCAUGGAAUCACCAGUGCUCGAGUUUCAUUUCUUUUCAAUAUUUGCUUAUAAUGACUCUUAACUAACAGUACAAACACUUCCAGAGCUGGGGCAAGGGAAAGGGGACCAAACCUGUUUUCUUCACACAUGUCUUUUUGGGGGAAAGAUGGAGCUGCAAGCUAAAUGAUGCUGCUUUGGGUGCUGUUAACAGCCUGGGGAAGAUGCUGAGUGAAAAGGUGACUCCAAAUGCUCAGCAUUUGAAAUCUUACUGCUCUGCCUUCCAGUGCUGAAGCUCUUGGCCUGAUGGUAUUUUGUUAGGUGCUCACAUCCCUCUCUACUGACUGUGAAGGUGUCAGACAAGUGGAUUCCUUUGGCAGGCUGAUCCUUUUUUUUCCUCCAUGCAGUGUCAGACUGCUUUAGGAAGUGUGUCUGUAAUCAGCUGAGAGCUGGGAAGAGCCCCUGUUGUCUGUUACACUAGUGGUGGGUGUGGAUGGUGUUGCAUUAGUUCAGACAAGGGAAUAGCUUUGGGUCUGUGUUAAAUGCAUCAAUUUUCUUGUCGUGGCAGGGUUGGCAGUUACAGGUGAUAAUACAGGUCAUUACACGGGUUUACAGAGCAAAGACAUGUUUACAAGUGAAAGGUGCCACUUAGCCCAAAGGAGCAUUUCUCCCAAAGAGCCAUCACAUGUGUAGUCUGUGGGGCUGGGAGUGCUCUGGCUGCUCUGCCCAGCUCCAGUGGUGUGUUCACCAGAGAACUGUGUGACAUGUUGCCCAACUGCUGGACUUUGAGCCGCUGGCUCUGUGUAGGAUCACCUGAGGAAGUGCCAGAGAGCUGUGGUUUGAGGAGAAGAACCUUCACUGUGAGGAGUCAUCUGUGUCUGAUGACUGGAAAAGGAGGACCCAAACCCCUGUGAACUGUGAUUCUUAAACCCAGACAGCCCUGGCUCAGAAAGAGUCUCUUCUUGUAGGGUACUGGAGUCUCACUCCUUUGCUGGUACUCAGGCUUCAACCCAGACAUGAGAUGUUUGUUCAGCCCCUUGUAUUUGGGUUCUCAUUGUGUAGGACCAGUGUGAAUGUGUGAGGUCAUUGUCAGGUGGAUGUGCUGCUAAAGUGGUGCAACCUGCUGGCAAAGUGCUCCUGUUACAUGGCACCUUCCAGCCUCUAAGGGAAGGCCCUUCCUCAGAAAGCUGGGCAGUGCAGACCUGUCUCCUUAAGCCCCACUUUCACCUGAAACUGGUAGUGCCUUUGUUAGGAGAACUCCAGGGAGUUACCCUGCAGGCCAGGGACUUCCCUGCCUUUGAAGAUGGAGAAUGUCUGUGGAGUAAUGGCUCCUUCCUUUUGCUUUAGCAAAUCCUCUCUAGAUAAGAGAACAAGACUGAUCCUUAACAAAAAGAGUGAGGCAGAAAGAGAUAUCAAGUAGCAAGGACAGAUGGUUUUACUGCAAAAAACCUGGGAGCUGGGAGUCUUGCUGCUGCUGUGGUGAGGCAGGUGAGGGCACAGGGGUGAUCCUGGUUUCUCCAUGCAGAGUGGGUGAGGUUUCCUGGAGGAAUGUCACCCCUGUGCUGGCAGCUCUGUCUCAACACACAUGCAAAAGGGUUUUUAAAGAUAUAUAUCUAUAUUUUUAGUACUGCUGCCAUGUGAACACAGCACUUGGAUGUGCCCUAAUUUCAUAUCAUUUGUAUCCUUUCAUGCCUCUUUUAGGUACUUUCUGCUUGUUUAGCUAAGAGAUGAAAGUGUUGGCUAUGUUCCUCUGUGAGGACAAGCAGGAAUGGCUAAAUCUGGCCGUUGCUGCCCCUCAGGUGAUCAGAGAGCUGAUUUGUUUGAUUCCUGGGAGUGGAUCUUCCUCCCUCCCAUGUGGGCUGGUGGGUCUGUGCACGUGCUCAGAACUUGCUCUGGCUCUUCAGCUCCCUUUGCAAAGUUGUUUCUCCCUCUCUUUGAAGCUGGGUGAAGCUUGACUCUGUUUCACCCCAGUGCCAUAUUCUGGCUUAGCCUUGUGACUGACACAUUUAUUGGCCUUUCUUCAUCUGAGGCCAUUAACUUGAUGGCUCUUCAGGCUCUUUGUUGGACAGAUGGGUUUGGCAACUGAAGUUUCCUUACCUUGCAAGAGUAAGGGAAUGAUGUGAAGGGAUCCAGCCAGAGCACAAAUUCUGGUACUAAGUAGGCAAGUGGUAAUUGAGUUGAAGGCACAGAGGGUGUCUGUGCACCACACACAUGUUUUCAGUGUCCUGCUCUCCAGCUCUGAAGGAGUGGGUUUCAUUAUGUGGAGAAGAAGACAGCCAUGCUGGGGCAGUAGUGUAGCACUGCUGUCACUUUGAUCCUGAUCCUGCUUUGGCUGGAGACGGGUUUGAGCUGUAAUCAAUGACCCUGAGUGGCCAUUUCCAUUUCCCCCUGAAGCAUCCUGCAUCUUGGAAGUGGUUGGCACUCUGAAUUUACUCAGGCCAAGACAUUACUUUCCUGCUCUGUUCUAAAUCAUUGUUAAAGGCAUUUUUCUGAGGGGAGCAAACAAAAGAUGCUGAUUUCGGAUCUUAGACUCCUUUGAGGACAAAUCUAUUGCUUGGCACAGCUGUUACUGAUCUCCCUUUCUCCUGGAAGAGCAAAUUGGAGCUGUGGCAGCAGCUUCUCCUCACAGCUGUAACAGUGCACCCCUGGGCAAUCUGCACGAGGCCAGUGCAGGCUUCAUUUUUGGUGAGGGUUGGAGCUUUUAAAGCCCUGCACUGUGUUUGCAGAACAAGACAGCAGUUCAGUAGUUACUUCAGUUAUAGUUUCAGUUACCUGAUGUGUAUUUGCUACCCCUCUUGAUAGCCUAGCAAGGCUCUGUGCAGAUCUCUUAGAUAGCCUGGAUGCAAACAGCCACACGUAUGCUCUGAGACAGCUCUGGCCUGGGACCCCCCAUGGGCACGUGCUCAGGGGAGCCUGUGUCUGUCCCUGGGCAGGCUGAUGCCUUUUCUGCUGCACUUUUCUCUCCCCAGGGUGGAUCAGGGUGUUGAUGGGCAGCUCUGUGGUCUGCAGCCACCCUCUGCUGUGGAGCCUGGGCAGGGCUGUUGGAGGAGGGCUGGGAGUGGAGCGUGCGGCUCCUUACGAUGCUGCUCGGUCACCAGCCUCUGUGUGGCACGAGUGGCUGCUGCAGAGUUUGCUUGAAACAAUCACUGUUGUUUAAGCCAAAGCCUCAUUUCAAAAAAGUUUACAUAAUUGCCUCUCUGAUCAUCUUGGAGGGCUGUAUUGAAUCCUCCACUGUUGGUAUUGAGCUGCUAGGCAAAUCGACUGGAGCGUCUGCUGAGGUUAAUGAGAUUGACUGAGAGCAAUAUGAGCAUCAGCUCUCUGCUGUUAAUAACGUGCUUCUGUUUUGUUUCAUUUGUACAUGUGACUGGAAUGGGAUCUGGAGUGCUGGGAGCUGGACCUGUGGUCUGAGCAGAUUGCCAAGAAGUCAAUAAAACAGCCCUUGAGUGCAUUCUGUUGCGUGUGCUCCCACAAAUGGAGGAGCUAGUCUUCCACCCUCCUGCUUGAAUCCUUGAUUUAUUUUUAAAUAGCAACCAGCCCUGUAUUGAUUGCUUGUUUUACUUUGGUUUACAGCAUCCUCCCCCCCUCCUUGUACCUUGAAACAAAUGAAAUAAAGCAUUCUGCCUCACCAGA